AUGGACGACUCGGAGCAGCUGCGACCACAUCUUCCGCUGGAGGAUCCCGUCCAGAACAAGAUUGACCAAAUGCGUGCACAGCACAUCAUGGAGCACCUGGCUACUGGUUCCGCGGGAUUCUCAGCGAGCAAACAGAACUCUCAACACAAUCCUCCCUCUGGACAGCAGACGCAGUCCCGAGCCGAAGGUCUUGACGCCAACCGCGAGAAGUUAAUCAGCUUCGAUGCGGCGAUGGCCGAAAGCAGCGAGCGCGCCAGGGCCUAG